GCGACAAGCUCAUCGAUAUGGCCUGCAAGCUGAUCGUCUUCGCUGCCUUCGUGGCUGUGGCCCGCGCCGGCUAUCUGGGAGCCCCAGCAGUGGUCGCCCCCGCCGUCAGGGCUGCUCCCCUGGCCUAUGCUGCCCCCGCCGCCGUGGCCGCUGCCGAAUACGACCCGCACCCCCAGUACAACUUCGCUUACAGCGUACAGGAUGCUCUGACUGGUGACUCCAAGGCACAGCAGGAAGUCCGCGACGGAGACGUCGUCCAGGGCAGCUACAGCCUGGUCGAGCCCGACGGUUCCAUCCGCACCGUCGACUACACCGCAGACCCCGUUAACGGCUUCAACGCCGUCGUGCACCGGGAAGCUGUCGCCCACGCCGCCCCCGUCGUCGCCAAGGUGGCCGCCCCCGUCGCCUACGCCGCUCCUGCGGUUGCUAAGGUCGCUGCUCCCCUCGCCUAUGGAAAGGCCAUCCUCGGUUAAACACCACAUAAACACUUCCUCUGGACAUAAUCCUACUGAGUGGCUCUAUUUUUGAGUAUAUUCUUCGCAAUUUUCACCUCGAAGCAAUUUCUCUCCUAUACCCAAUAUUUGUACCAAUGCGAAUCUAAUGACGAAAACUUUUCCCAAGUAAUUUCUUUUCCACUGUAAACUUCUGUAUUUA